AUGAGCAGCGUUGGCUUCCGCCCACCGCCCAGAAGAACCCCAACCAAAUUCUCGCGGAGGACUAAGACCAUGUCCGACUUUUACCUGACCCACUGCCAACUCUGCAACACCGCCUGCACAGGCGUCGCCGGCCUGGCCAACCACUACCGUAGCUCACCAAGGCAUCCCACCUGCCCAAGGUGCGGGACAGGCUUCUUCGAUAGAAGCGACCUUGAGACUCACGCUGCCGAGAAACACCCACGUACGACGUGUUGCGGUCUCUCCAUUGCCAUCGAGGACCUCGAAGAGCACUAUUUUAACUCGAUGAACCAUAUGCACUGCGACUCGUGCGAGAUCGGGUUCAAGGAAGAGAAUGAUUUGCGCGAGCACAAUCGUAUACAACAUUCACGACACACUUGCACCGUCUGCGACAAGGACUUUUCUUCCGCAGAUGAACUCAAGGCGCACAGGAAGACCCGCGGCGUUCACGUACUGUGCGAAUUCUGUAACGGAGCGUUCAAGAACACCGGUGCUAUGAUCGAUCACUACGCGAACACACAUCUCGCCGCCGCGCUCAACGACGAGCACUCUGAGGAGGAAGCGGCGUCAAUUGUUGCCCUUUCUCCCAUACGGCCUACUGCGGCCACAUCUACGCCCGAGCGCUUCUUGUCCAUGCCAACAGCGCGGGCACCGCUCUCCGUGCCUUCAGACAGCGACAGCAGUGAUCUCUCGCUUCCGCCGUCUCCAGCUGUUGUGUCUGAUCUCUCGUUUCUGUCCAUGUCCGGAUCUCCGGCCCAACUACCGGCCGUUGUUGCUCAACUUGUCGCCAACAACCCUGCUGCCCAGGGCGAGCUUGGCCUCGUGCCGAGUAUCACGAACUCUCCACUCCUUUUCUUGAGGAGCACUCCGCCUCAGUCUGGCGCACGACGUGCACCGACGCCCGCGGAAACUCCGAGCGGCGACCUCAGUGAUGUCCGCAACCUCGCAGGGACGCCGAUGCGCGCUGCACGGAUCAGCCCUUUGCUUCGCCCGCAGGCACAUGUGCAUGAAGUUUUGUCAGAAUCUGAGGAGGAACACGAGCAGGACGACCGCUUCCACUUUGUCGACGACGAGGAUACCACGGAGGAUGAGACACAGGAGCUAUCCAUGCCGGACAGGCGGGAUUCCUUCUUCGAGGCAGAGACACCGACCUCAGAAGCUCCUCGUCGGAUCUCAUUCCUCGAUGUUGGAGGGCAGACGCCCGUCGCCUAUCUCCCUGGCUCGAUGUCUUUCUUCGAUGCAUCCACACCCAUGGCAGCAUCGACGCCUACUCUGGAACGCGGCCCCAUAUUGGAAGAGGAUUCUGAGGCCGAGCGACCAUCUCCCUCUCGUACACUGGCGAUCAAUGUUGCGGCGGCCCGUGCUCAAGCUGCUGCAAACCCGCAUACCAUCAUUGUCGAGACCGACAGUGAGGCAGAGCCGGGCACGCCGACCCCGAGCCCACGCCCUCUUCCUGGUGCUUCGGCGUCCGAAUCACGCCCCAUGAUGGCGGCUUCCCGCACUAUGACACCACCCACUGCUUCACUGUUGGUCACUCCGCCUCGUUCGGGAGAGACGACACCGCCUACCGCAACUUGGCGCGCGGACACGCCGCCCACUGCGACCUUCGGUAGCGCCGUCUGGGCAGGUCAAGUGUCAUCGUCCUUGGCAUUGCCACCUUCGACUCCUCCUAAGAGUGACCCUCGUGAGGAAGACGGCCCACCCGCUUCGCGGAUGUCUGUACAGAGUCCUCGUCCGGCUGGUCAUCCAAGCCCACCCUUGAUCAUCCCUCUUCCACCGUCUGCACCUGCUACGCCGCCCAUCGCCCGUCCGACUGCACCCACGCCUGCGCUUACUACACCAGUGGCUACUGAGUCUGAGGCACCAUCUGCGGCCCAUGUACCGACGCAUGUACCGGCACCUGCUCCCAUUUUGCGGUCUCACUCGCAUGCUCACGCGCAUGUACCUCAUCGUCCGGGUCCGCCGCCCGCAUAUGCGAUUCCACUCCCGCCCUCAGAACCCUCAACGCCACCGGUGUCCCACGCACCAUACAACACACAGUAUCAUCCGUCCAUUUCUAGGGGUCAUCCUAUCGCUUCGUCGCCUCCUGGGCCCCACGCACCGAUUCCUCGCCAAGGCGUGCCUCACGCGCACUCGUUCAACGGCCCUAUUCGAUCGCACGCUGCUUCGCCCCCGUCUCGCUUCAUGGCUCCGACCCCGCCUCGCUCGCAUCCCUCCACGCCGCCGCACUCGUUCGCCACUAUCCACCAUCAUCAUCGCCACGCUCCGCCACCUGCUAUCACAGUCCCGCUACCACCAUCUGCUCCGGUGUCACCACCUCUGUCUUCGCCUCGCCCGACUGCCACACAAGGGUCAACUCCGCCUUCGAGCCCUCGCCCCCGUGCUGCUCAGGUCAACAUGCCCAUCAACGCACCGCGUCGCGUCUCGACGCCGAACUCCCAUGCACGCGUCGCGUCGCCCCUCGCUUCACCGCCCAUCAGUGCGUCGGGUAGCCCCACACACAGACACGCGAACGUCACGCCGCCGAGUUCCGUCCGUGCGCGAUCAGCAUCAGUAGCGUCCUCCCGCGUACGCUCGUCCUCGUUGUCAACACGCCCAGCCAUCGCUGCGGCGGAGUCUGACGCGGACGAUGAACAGGAGGUGGAGAUCAAGAUGGAGCAUAAACGGAGCCCGUUUUUUUGUCGCUCGAAGACAUGCACGGCGGAUCCUUGCGUCGCUCCCACCGUGACCGCGUGCGGCCAUAUCUUCUGUCACUCGUGCAUCGACCGCGAAGUACGGGCUACCGCGCAUUGCCCUCAGUGCGGCGCCGCGCAGUUGCUCUUCGCCUUGCUCAGGCUCGACCUCAGUGAUGCAUAG